AUGCAGAACGUUGAGAAAAGAGAUAAGAGCUUCCUGAGAAUUGGACGAACUCCAAGUGAACCGACAUUUCUUCGGUUUGGACGCAGUCCUUCUCAGACUUUCUUAAGAAUAGGGCGAGCCGGUCCUGUCAAGACCUUUUUGAGAAUCGGAAGAUCAGGUUUCUUGAGAAUUGGGCGAGGAUUAGACAGAAAAUACAUCAGACUAGGCAGAAGCAUUUUGCAUGCAGGAGAAGACGAACAGGGACGGGAACUAACUCCUGAACAGAUUCAAUUUCUUAUGGAAAACAAGGAACGCCUUCUUCAACUCCUUCAACCAAGUCAAAACCAGCAAGCAUCAAGUGAAUUCGAAGACGAUGGCGUGAGUCUACGCAUGCGCGGAUGUAAUGUGACAAAUACUCCAGUGAAAACAUAUAAGCCAUACUGUUGUGACAAAAUUACAUAUGCAUACCACAUGUUUAAUCUAGUGACCUGUAUUGCAAGAUUCGAUAGCUUCUAUUUCCCGAGAAUGGGCAGAUCUGGUGACAACAAUUUGGAGGAUUCCAUGUUGUGUUGCAGUGGGGUGCGCUCGAUUCUUACAACCGAGAAGGCAAUCGAUAUAUGCUCGCCCGAUCAAGCGUGCUGCUCUGGACUCAACCAGAAGACAAAGCUGUACAAGAAUGUGGUCAUCACUGAAUGUUCUGAGGACAGUUUAGACAAGAUACGGGCUUACAUCGGUGAAGACUGA